GAAGGACCGAGCCCUGCGCAGAGGCGGCAGCAGCAGCUGAAGCAGAAGGAGGAACCUGCAGCCAAACAAGCCCCAGCCGACAACUUUUGAGACAUGGCCAUACUGGCUCCUAUUUUCGGGCUCAUCCUUUUGGGGCUGUUCCACACGGAAGCAAAAGAACACACCCUCAGCUCUCAGGAUGCUUCUUUCUGCCAUGGUGGACUAGAGGUGAUCUACCCAGAGCUGGACAUUUAUCAAUGUCUCAUAAUCCCAAAGAGCCUCAGAGAGAAAGUCAGCCAAGUUUGGAAAGCCCCACAGGUUUACUUCUCUACUGCACAGAAGAAAAAGACGUACGUCUUGGUGAUGGUCGAUCCUGAUGCUCCAAACCGCAGCGAGCCAACAUCUGCUUACUGGAGGCACUGGUUGGUCGUGGACAUACAGGGCAGUGCACUCAAGGAAGGACAAAUAGAAGGAACAACCCUCACUGAUUAUAAGCCGCCAACCCCGCCAUCGAACUCUGGUUUUCACCGCUACCAGUUCAUGUUGUUCGAGCAGCCUCCAGACGCGUCUGUGUCACUCACGGAGCAGGAGGAGGCAUCCCGGGGUAAAUGGGAUUUUCAAGCCUUCAUCACAAGUUUUGAUCUGGGAGAGCCCGUGGCUACUCUUCAGUUUCUCACCCAGAACUACAAAGACUAGAGGAUGCUCAGAUGCCUGAAAUGGAAGAAGAAGAAGAAUCUGUCAGUAGACAAAUAUGAAAGAUUUCUCCUCACUUUUACUCUAUCAGCAAUUACUAAACAGCAUACAUUCUUCAAGCUUGCACAAGCGAGCCCUCUUUGCCUUUAUCUUAUCAUUACAUUAGAGAGCGAGAUUUCCUCUUUGUGUUACACCAGCUGCUUAGGGUUUUGAUCUCGGCCCGUAUCUCGUCACGUGGUACGGAGCAAAGGAUUUGGGAGGUAGAAUUUAGCUUUACCAGGGGGUUUCUUAUUAGUUUCCGAACACUGUCGACAAGAGAAGGAAGACGGCCUGAUAUCACAACUCUGUGUGGAAAGAGUUGAUUCUAAUUCAGGGGCGGAAACACGUCAGGGCCAAAAAAAGGAAGUGGGAGGUGAAACCGAGACCGCAACACAGCCGGAUGCCGCAGUGGAACUUGAACCAAAAUACUCUAGUGACAGGGCAGGGGAGGAGCCACAGGGCCUGUCAUGCUCCAAGUGAAAGGAACUUACUGUUUGUGUAAUUGUUUAUCAUAUUUCCAUUGACCACUGGAAACAAUGAGCUGCUUUCAUGCCCUUGAUUGAUUUAUCUGAAGUAAAGGCUGCUGUGAUCUAAACGUGUCCUUGAGUGUAACUUUGGGACAGCAAACCCAGUUUGAACUUUGCACAGUUGCGUAAGAGCCUCACCUGGCAAGUCUGUAGAGGAUGAUGCGGAUAAACUUUUCAACCCUUUCGCGAUGAGAUACUUUUCAGACCUCGCAGGUCUUUGUAGAAGGUGGGUCAGAGGACCCACCCCCCACGCCAUGAGGAAUAUCGGUUUCUAACCAGCAACUCUCCUCUGGGAGAGGCUUGUAUCAAUACCCCAGAUGUCUGAAAAAGGCUGGAUUUACAUCAGUGACUUUGAUGUCCUGAUGAUCAAUCUCUAGUUGGUGGUUUCAUUGACCUUAAUUUGGUGUCUCAUCGGUGGGCUAGGCGGGAGUAGGUAAUGGAGGUUUUUGUUCCUUUGGUGGUUAAGCCAGCCUUGGUAAAACCCUUACGCGGCCCCUCCGUGAACUCUGGGAGAUCAUUGAUCAACUUGUCCUGCGUUUGCUUUGUUUACCUCCCCGACUUAGCAGUCAAAGCAGCCAAGUCAACAAACAAAAACAACCAUAAGCACACAGUUUGUCAGUGAA